AUGCUGCGCUUCCUCUGGGAGAGCAUCUCCUUCCAGAUGCUCCUCAUCUUCCUCGUUGUCUUCCUGCUCGUUGCUGACUACAUGAAGCACAGAAAGCCGAAACACUUCCCUCCCGGCCCCUUCUCCUUUCCCUUGCUGCUGCACCUCCACCUGACUGUGGGGAAGGGGAUGGAGGGGAUUGCGGCUAUGCAACAGCUUGCUGAAAAAUAUGGGGACAUCUUCAGCUUGCACCUGGGCAGCGCAUCAUUUGUGUUCAUAAAUGGGCUGCGGAUGGUUAAGGAAGUUCUUGUAAACCAAGGGGAAAACUUCAUGGAUCGCCCUGAAGUUCCUCUUGACAGGGAGAUCUUCAGCAACAUAGGACUGGUCUCCUCCAACGGGCAUUUGUGGAAGCAGCAGAGGAGGUUCACCUUGAGCACCCUCCGAAACUUUGGCUUGGGGAAGAGGGGCCUGGAGGAGCGCAUUCAGGAGGAGUGCCGAUGCCUUGUGGAUGUGUUUGGGGAUGAGCAGGGUAAUCCUUUCAACCCUCACUUUAAAAUUUAUAACGCCGUUUCAAACAUCAUCUGCUCCAUCACCUUUGGCAAUAGGUUUGACUACCACGAUAAGGACUUCCAAAAAAUGCUGCAGCUGAUGGAUGAGACUGUUAGCCUCCAUGGGGCCAUCAUGAGCCAGCUGUACAACUCGUUCCCAUUUAUAAUGAAGUUCCUCCCUGGACCCCACCAAACCAUUUUUAAAAAUUGGAGGUUGUUGAAAUGUUUCGUGAAAGAGAAGAUCAACAAACACAAGGAGGACUGGAACCCCUCAGAGAGCCGGGACUUCAUUGACAGCUACCUGCAGGAGAUAGCCAAGGACAAUGGCAGCGGCACCUUCCAGGAGGAACACCUUGUGGCAUGCGCGCUUGACCUGCUGUUUGCCGGGACCGAGACCACUUCCACAACCCUCCGCUGGGCUCUGCUGUAUAUGGCCAUGCAUCCAGAAAUUCAAGCCCGCGUGCAAGCCGAGAUUGAUGCAGUCAUUGGACAGGCGCGGCAGCCAGCCCUGGAGGACAGGAGCAACAUGCCCUAUACCAAUGCUGUCAUCCAUGAAGCGCAGAGGAAAGGCAACAUCAUCCCUUUCAACGUGCCAAGACUGACGGUGAAGGACACGGUCUUGGAUGGCUUCCACAUACCAAAGGGCACUGUUUUGCUCACAAAUUUAACCUCAGUGAUGUUUGACAAGAAUGAGUGGGAAACUCCUGACACUUUUAACCCUGAACAUUUCCUGAAGGAUGGUCAGUUCUGGAAAAGGGAGUCUUUUGUGGCAUUUUCUAUAGGGAAGCGUGCCUGCCUGGGCGAGUUGCUGGCCCGCACCGAGCUCUUCCUCUUCUUCACGUCUCUGCUCCAGAAAUUCACCUUCCAGGCACCCCCAGACACCACGCUCAGCCUCCAGUUCAAGCUAGGGAUCACGAUGGCCCCGCAGCCCUACAAGAUCUGUGCCGUGCCUCGGUAG